AUGAAACAUUCCGCCGUCUUCCACGGUCUUGUUAAAAAACCACCUCCUGGGGCAACAUCGCAGCAACUGAAUCAAGGUGAAAUGGGUUUGGGAGAGAACGAGUUGGAGCAGACUCAGGCUAAAGAAGUCAAUGUCCCGCCUACUGGAAAGGGACUGGCGAGGAAUAAAAAGGAACCAGAGGACGAUGAAGAGUUCCUUGAGUCGAUUCGUCGGAACGUUGUCUUGCGCCUACUCGAUCAACUAAAGCCCAACGAAGCUGGGGAAAUGGCGACCACAACGGGCGACCUGAAAGAGGGGCGUCAUGCCAAGUGGCGGGCUCUGUGGAGUAGGCUGGCCAAUGUGGGAAAUCAAUUAAGGGAGGAAGGGAAUAAACAAAUACGAUGGCUACUUGGACGUGGCAGACAGAUGUUCCAAGCUCUGAACACUUUCGGUGUCUCAAAGGCAAAACGUUUUUCCAACAAUGAGGAGACGAUAAGGGGGAACGAGACCGGCGAAUUGCUUGGGGUACGAGAUGACGCUGUCAUUAAAGACAGUGGUGGUAUAUUGGACGGGCAAGACGGCAAUGGAAGCAGCAAGAAGUCAUGGGGAAGUGAUAGUGGACCACACAUUAGGGUUCCAUUUCCCGAAACAGAAAGAAAAAUCCGGUCAAUUUUAACCGAACCGAAAGUCACCAAUAGGAUUAUUGAUGUGUCACUACAAAAUAGAGAAGAUUUCCGAGGAUCUGAAUUUCGAUUAAGUGAUCAAUUAAUUAACGCAUCUACGAUCGAUAAAAUCGAAUGGGUCCCUGGCUCAGAGACUCUUAUUGAUAAAACGUUGCCUCAGAAAACGAAGGAUUUUGUGAUCCAGCCAGAAAAUGACUCAAAUGAAAUGUCAUUUAAACAAAUUUCAGGAAACCAAUUGGGCCAUAAGUUAUUAACGUCUCCUUCUAAACAAUCUGUUAUUGCUUCCGAUACAUCGAAUCAUGCUUCGUCGAAAAAGUUUAAUACAGAGACUCACGAUAUGAAACUCCCACCAGUACACUUACCGGCAGAAGUGAUUGCUGACAAAGGUCCAGGUUCACUUGACUUCAUUUCCUCCACUGAAAAACUGGUUUUUCCAGGUAAAGUCAAUGAGGAUCCACCCUCCUCAAGGGCCAAUAAAAGAACAUUUAGACCAUCUGCAUCAUCUCAACCAGCCCCUACAUCGCACCCGAAAACGACUACUUUCCCUAGUUACCUGUUUGCCAGUGAUACUCCCUACAGAGAACCAGUUUCUUUUUCGGACGAGACCCUCAAGAGUCACCCUGAUACAAAAGUGGUGCGAAAUAAAUACGUCACAAUGCCUCCCUUAAAUAGGAAGCUGUCUACCAAAAUCUCUGGUAAUGUGUUAGAAGCGGAAGUAUUGAACCCUCGGAAGAAUGCGGAACGUCCCUCAAGGCCACAAAUCACUCGGAUUUCCGACAGACCGACCUCAAAUAAACACCCAUAUUCUUCUGUUGGUGGACACAAUUCUCAUUUGCUUGAACUAAGUGACACGAAGUCUACUUCCAGUGCACUGCGCCAGCUCCGUUCAACCCAUUCACUUCCCCAAGCAACUCUGUCUCACUCAAACGCUCCACUAAUACUUUCACUUAAUGAAAUAUCUCCGCCACAUACCAUGAACAAACUACCAGCCAAGCCGUCUGCACCUGCACAUUCUACUGCUGAAAGAGUGCUAGUUGAUAGAAAAUUCGUUCAAGUUCCACAGGCAUCUGGUUUAAAGAGCCUUUCUACAGGUGAUGGCUCGCAGACAAACUCUCAUCGAAAAACAGCAACACUCACCAGGAAGUCCAGUGGAUCUCGGUCAGUCCUAGAAGGUGGUGCACGACCUGGCAGCUUUAAAUCCCGUCCAUGA